AUGGACUUCUGGGAACAAAUCAAAACUCCUGGAAUGUCUUUGAAAUGCUCUGCCUUGUACCUUGCCCAAUUUCGAUUCACCUCACCCCAUCUCUUGGCAAGUGGGGAUGGUACAAAGAGUGCCACCAUUAUAGGUGAUGUUUAUGUUCAUCCAUCGGCAAAACUUCAUCCUACUGCCAAGAUUGGUCCCAAUGUCUCCAUUUCUGCAAAUGCUCGUAUAGGAGCUGGUGCAAGGCUUAUCAGCUGUAUUGUUCUUGAUGACGUUGAAAUCAAGGAAAAUGCUGUUGUUAUUCAUGCGAUUGUUGGAUGGAAGUCUUCUAUUGGGAGAUGGUCUCGAGUCCAGGUAACUCCAUAAGGUUUUCUCAAAAUGAUGUUCUUGGCGAAUGGGAAAAGUGCCUAUUGGUGUUUGUUUAUAUUGGAGACAAUUAAUCUGUACAAUAAUCUCAAAUAGUUUGAUUUGUAUUUAUGGUCUUUGAAUCCCACUUCAGUGCAGUGGCCUUUAAGGGUACUGAUAUUACUACUUAUGGUAAGCUCUUUGAAAUGGGGUCAAUUGACCAUUCCAUCACACCAUAUGACAAGGUCCAAUAACCAAUAGAAUAAUGUUACCAUUGGAGUUAUUUUAUGUUAGCAGCUGUGAAAGGAUUGGGAUGCCUGUUUUAUUAGCAUAAAAAUAGGAUUAAUACUCUACCAUCGGAUGAUGAUUCCCAGUUAGCCAAUUGAUUGCAAAUUGCAUAAAAAAGAUAUACAAUGAAUAUAUUUUCACUGUUUUCCCAUGCACAUGCACUUCAUGAUCUAGUCAAGGCAGAAAAUGCAUUACGAGAUCUCUUUUCAACUAUGUUAUAAGAAAUGACAUCAUGGAUCUCUGCAUCAUGCUUGAAAUAAAUGUGACCUACAUAAAUUAUUAGGAUGACUCUGGUCUUGAUUUCCUAUCUUCUUUCAUUUCUGAACAUCACCAGCAACCACUUUUUGUCAUUACAUGACAGCUUAUAAUGUUUGUAACAAUUAUUUUGUGCCUAUGCUUCUGGAUUUGAACUUGGACAGUGUCUCUUCAUUUCUCCAUUCGUAGAAAGUCAGAAGCUUUUGUCUAUGCUUUGUUCCGUUGCUUAUAACAUUUUCAAUUCUGGUUUUCUGUUUCUCAAAGAUUUACUGGUUCAAGGAAACAUCAUUUCUACCUUUAUUGUUUGUCCAUUCCGUUUUGUUGCUUGAGGUUUCUUUAUUGUGAUCAACUGACAGGCUGAAGGAGAUUACAAUGCCAAGCUUGGAGUUACAAUCCUUGGGGAAGCUGUUACUGUUGAAGAUGAAGUUGUGGUCGUGAACAGCAUUGUCCUUCCAAACAAGACGCUUAAUGUCAGUGUCCAAGAAGAAAUAAUACUAUAAAAGCAUGACAAGGUCUGCAAAAGCUUCAUUGCCACGAAUAAGUUCUCUCUCUUUCUCUCUUCGUUGUAACACAUAACUUCAGUUUCAAAUAAUGAGCUGCCUAUUUGUGAAUUGACAUUUUCCAAAAUUGAAUAAAAAAUAUUCCAG